CAUAGUUUCAGUUUUAAUCGAGUUUUUAAAUGAUACAGAUAUAAAAAUUUCUUUGAAUAAAAAAAAACAGACUUUUAACAUUUUACUUAAAAACAGAUUUUUAAGAGUUCAAUACUUGUUUAGCUUAUUUUUUAACUUUGAUUUCAUACCUUAAAGUGUAAAACAAUAUUAUUGUUAGAGAAGAGAAAAAUAAAAUACAUUUGAUCUAAUGUGAUAAUGCGCAAAUCUGACUCCAGUGAUAUAGACCACGAAGAAACUAAUUUAACGAGCUCUUCAGGAUGGAAACUUCGUUCUUCAAAAUUAGCGCGAAACACGCACAACCGAAUUCGGGAAAUAGUUGAGACAUUGAAAUUAGAACCUAAUCCUGACAAACCAAUGAUUCCGUUGUCUAUUGGUGAUCCAACAAUUUUCGGAAAUUUGGUUGCUGCUGAUGAAACCAUUAAUGCCAUUAAGCGUGCUAUAGAAAGUGGCAAAUAUAAUGGAUAUGCAGCAAGCACUGGGCAUGAGGAAGCCCGCAAAGCAAUUGUUAAAUAUGUUGCUCAUCAAGGACCAGUCACCCCAAAUGACAUCAUUAUAUGCAGUGGAUGUUCUUCAGCAUUAGAAAUGUGCAUUUUAACAUUAGCGGAUGUAGGUCAAAAUAUACUGGUGCCAAGACCAGGCUUUUGUUUGUACAAUACACUCUGUGAAGGUUUAGGCAUUGAAGUUCGAUACUACAAUCUUCUUCCUGAAAAAGAAUGGGAGGUAGACCUUGAGCAUAUGGAAAGUUUGAUUGACACACAUACUUCCUGUAUAUUGAUAAAUAAUCCAAGUAAUCCAUGCGGAAGCGUAUUUUCCAAGUCGCAUCUACAAAAAAUACUAAAAGUGGCUGAAAAAUACUUUUUGCCAAUUAUUGCAGAUGAGAUCUACGAACACUUUGUUUUUACUGGCUCAAAACAUAUUUCUAUCAGCUCUCUGUCAAAGGAUGUGCCAAUUUUAUCAUGUGGUGGUCUAACGAAGCGUUUUCUUGUUCCUGGCUGGAGAACCGGUUGGAUAGUCAUCCACGACCGUGAACAUCGAUUGAAGGAUGUUAUCUGUGGGUUAAAACAAAUGGCAGCGCGCAUUCUGGGGUCAAAUACUUUGGUUCAAGGUGCUCUGCCAGAAAUUCUCUGUAAUACCCCUCAAAGCUACUUCGAUGGAGUUCUUGACAUUUUGUCACAAAAUGCAAAGUGUGCCUUUGAUGUCCUCAAAGCUAUUGUGGGCCUUAACCCAAUUCUACCCAAAGGUGCCAUGUAUAUGAUGGUAGGAAUUGAUAUCGACGACUUUCCCUCAUUUAAAAAUGACUUGGAGUUUGUGCAAGAUCUUGUACAUGAGCAGAGUGUAUUUUGUUUACCGGGUAGCUGUUUUGAGCUUCCAAAUUAUUUUAGAAUUGUACUCACCGUACCUUAUGAAAUGAUUCUGGAGGCUUGCUCGAGAAUAUCUGAAUUUUGUGAGAAACAUCAUAAAAACAGUGGUUUAAUAAACUACUCUGUUAUCCAGCAGAUUAAUAGUUAAGAAUUAUACUUGAAUGUUAAGUUAAAGCAAAAUAAAUACAUAAAUGGAUUUUAA